CUCUACUAUUAGUCUACUCAAAUUCUUUGCUGCCUAGCUUAGUUCAUUCUCAAAAGAUUUGCUUAAUUUCAAGGAAAGACAUAAAUUUGCCUUUUAGGGUACAAUUAAUUUUCCAGCAAUGAUUCUUCCAUUAAGCUUUUACUUUUGGGUUUUCCCAGAUUUUCAUCAACUGAUACAGCCAUGGCAUUUAGCAGCAAAGUCCAUAACUUUCUGCUCUAAUUGCUAGUUUUUUUUUUUUUUGAAUCAAUUAAUUUAUUCCCUUUAAAUUCUAAAACCUCUGGUAGCAGAUAAAAUGGAAGGAGCAUUAUUGCCACCAGGUUUUCGGUUCCAUCCCACAGAUGAAGAGUUGGUAGGGUAUUACCUGAAAAGAAAAAAUGAAGGGCUUGAAAUUGAACUUGAAGUCAUCCCCGUCCUCGAUUUGUACAAGUUUGAUCCUUGGGAGUUGCCAGAGAAGUCUUUCCUUCCGAAACGAGAUAUGGAGUGGUUCUUUUUUUGUCCAAGGGAUCGAAAGUACCCGAAUGGCUCGAGAACGAAUCGAGCCACCAAAGCUGGCUAUUGGAAAGCAACAGGGAAAGACAGGAAAGUGGUGUGUCAACCUGCCGUGACCGGCUAUCGUAAGACCCUGGUUUUCUACCGAGGGCGUGCACCUUUAGGUGAUCGAACCGAUUGGGCUAUGCACGAGUACCGGCUGUCCGAUGAGCCUUCUCUUGGAUCAAGUGCUUUCGCCUUGUGCCGUGUUGUGAAAAGGAAUGAUGGAAAGCCAAAGGAAAUGAGUAUAGGAAGCAGUUCAACAAAUGUGGAGCUUACUUCCAUCACAAGGAACUGUAACGAGCAUUUAAGCACCAUUUCGUGCCAAACAAGUUACCCUAACAACGAGACCCGUCAUUCCGUCGAUACCGAUCCUGCCAGCUUUUGGGCCUCACCUGAUGUAGUUUUUGAUUCUUCAAAGGAUUAUCCACAAAUAUGUGAAUCAGCAGCUCAGUACUUCCCACAGUAUGGGUUCCCAAGCUUAAACCAAAGUCCGUACUCGAAUUUCGGGGAAAGCGAGCAUUUUGAUGAUCUCGGUCGUAUAGGAUGCAUGUCGCCUUAUUCGGGACAUGCAAAUGACAUUCUAUGGCAAUGAAGGCUAUAUAUUAUGGACAGACUGGUAUAUACCAUUAAUGAAUAAAAAUACCUAGUUUGUUUAAAUUUUAUUAGGAGGGAUCUCUAAGACGAUUCUUUUUCUUAAUGGUAGUUUUUGGUUUGUGUUUGAACCAAAUAAACUUAAAAAUGAAUAUUUUAUAUCUAGUUUUUGUUUAACUUUUAAGUUGACAGGGUCCAUAGCUCAGUGGUAGAGCAUUUGACUGCAGAUCAAGUGGU